AUGCCGCCUCCAGGCAAAGGUGACAAAGGUGAGAAAGGCAAGGGCAGCAAGGGCAGCAAGGGCAAGAUGGGGAAGUCCAAAGGCAAGAGUUGGGAUGGCAGCACGGCGGCCAACGCAUCGUACAGCCAACCAACUUCCGUGACUUCCGCGACUGACUCUGCAUGUAAGUUCUUUGGGAGCGCCAAAGGAUGCAACAAGGAUUCCUGCCCAUUCUCGCACAGCAGCCCCAACAGCGUACCAUUCUGUGCCUUCUUACAACGUGGGCAGUGCGAAAAAGGAGCUGCAUGUACCUUUAGACAUCAGCAAUGGUCAGGCGCGGAUGAAGCCAGAUCAUAUUAUUCUGACCGGGAAGGUGAUUUAGUUGAGAAAAGUGCCACGAGGUACAAGCAAGUACGGCGGGAGACAAGUGGCAAGCAAAGCAGUUCAGCCGGAGAGCGGCUGGGUUCCGAGCAUGUGGAGCUGGAAGGACUGGAAGGCGAGAUCGAGAAGGACUUUCAAGAAGAGACCUACGGCUCCAAUGCCAUGCGAAUGAUGGAGAAAAUGGGUUACAAAGCGGGCAGUGGCCUGGGGAAGGAGAACCAGGGCCGCACAUCACUGCUUGGCUCCUGUGUGGCCUUGGAGCAUUCGUCUGGAACGUCGGCGUUGGGCUUCUCACACUAUGCCGGUGCCAUUCGCGUGACAGCCGCUGAGCGCGCAGCACGGCUGGCAGAUGCCCGGGCAAAGAAGUGCCAGAAGCUGGAGAACACACCCUUCGUGCAUCAUAACCUCUUGAGCAGCGAAGAGAGCAGUGAUGGUGAAGACCCUCUCGUCAAGUCUCGUGACGUGAAGCUGCACUGA